AUGCAGUUUCUUGAAGAAAACAUGAAAUUAGAGUGCAAGUGCCAUGGAGUUUCAGGAUCUUGUACUACUAAGACAUGCUGGACAACCCUUCCUAAAUUCCGGGAGCUGGGCUACAUCCUUAAGGACAAAUACAAUGAAGCAGUUCAGGUUGAACCGGUGAGGGCAAGUCGCAACAAGCGUCCAACCUUCCUUAAAAUAAAGAAGCCACUUUCCUACCGCAAACCCAUGGAUACAGAUUUAGUGUACAUAGAAAAAUCUCCAAAUUACUGUGAAGAAGACCCUGUCACUGGCAGUGUGGGAACACAGGGCAGAAUGUGCAACAAAACAGCCCAGCAGACCAAUGGCUGUGAUCUGAUGUGUUGUGGUCGAGGUUACAAUACACACCAGUACUCACGAGUGUGGCAGUGCAACUGUAAAUUUCAUUGGUGCUGCUAUGUAAAGUGUAAUACAUGCAGUGAAAGAACAGAAGUGUACACCUGUAAAUGA